CUUCAUCAACCUUACGUAUUCUGUCGUGUAUCUUUUAAUCGGCAAAAAAUCACACACAAAAAAAAAUUGAAAAAUGUUGGAAUUACUGUACAAUAUCCCAUUUGUGGUCCUCGAGCCACCAAAUUUGAAGCUCAAGAGGAUCUCCGUUCCAGUUCCAUCGUCCAAAACAAUCUUUUUCAUGGUCCUGACUUCAUAUUUCCUAGUUUGUGCUGGAAUCAUUUACGACAUAAUUGUGGAACCGCCGUCCAUUGGAAGUACAAUGGAGAAUGGAUAUUCAAAGCCUGUUGCGUUCCUUCCUUAUAGAGUUAAUGGACAGUACAUUAUGGAGGGUCUUGCGUCGUCGUUCUUGUUCACUAUUGGAGGUCUUGGAUUCAUCAUCUUGGACUUGGCAGGUGAAGGAAGUCCAAAACUCAACAAACUUCUUCUUACCUCAUUAGGCUUCAUCUUUGUCUUGGUGUCGUUCUUUACAACUUGGAUCUUUAUGAGAAUGAAGCUUCCUGGCUACUUACAGACAUAAGUUUGAUAUAUUUUUAAGGGCUACAUGCAGUAUCCAUUUCCAAUUCGUCUUUUUUAAAUAAAGUCAGAAAAAUAAUUGCUUUUAUCACAAAAAAAUGUCGGGUUUGAGUUUGAUAAUGAAAUGGUUUUUGAAUUAAUAGCAGGAAAUGG